GUGUAUCUUUCGAGCGCACCUCCACCGAGCGCGAUCACGCAACCGUCCGAUUUCUGUUCCGUUUCUUGAUGCCCUUUAGUUACUUCGCGAUUGCGUGUGCAACAGUUGUCACGCCGAAGUUAUCGCUGAUAGUCCGUUAUCGUUAUCACACUCGCAUGAUUCGUAUUGAAAUCGUCAUUUUUAUCAAUGUUACGCGGCUUAUGAAAAAUAAAAAACUUUUUUCAUUCCCCCGUCAAGUCGUCAGUACUAUUUAAAUCCUAAACGGUUUGCACGUGGCUUUUGUGCGCUGCGUCUUCUCCGAACAAGCCAUUCUCGUUUAGUCUUUGUGUGUGAUCGGUGCGCGUUUUAUGUGCGUACCUAUUUAUUUUUUUUUAUUAUUAUUUUUUAUUUGGAGAAAUUUUGUGCAAUAAAUGCGUUUUUUUUUUAACGCCCGAAGUAGGUCGCUGCCGAUAGCUUUUUUCUUCGCGGCACACGCCAACAACAGUGUUUUUAAUAUUCUGCGAACGAGAAUCGAACGCGAAACGAAUUUACUGUCGACACACAUCCGAUUAUAUUUUGUUUCGUCUUCGUUGUAGAAUAAUGGAUUAAUCAAUUUCAAUGCAGUAAUCGUAAAUGGUAAAGAACCGAUAAAACAGCGCAUUAUGUAUUAUGACGCUCCAAGCUAAAGUUCAACAACUAGAGGGCGUCGAAUUACCACGAUGCCGUCUAUGCAAAUGUUUGGACGUAGAUGGCUGGCCGGUACAGAUGAUUUGGUUUUUCCGGGAUUAUUGGAACUUUUAAUGCGGGGAAUAUGGCUAACUUUAAUGAGUUGUGUGCUAUGCCGUUAUUACCAAUGGACAUUCAACUGUGUGACUGGUGGCUUAUUAGUCAGAAUUUAUCUUAUUGGGAUAGUUGUAAUGCAUUCCAUAAUUAUUCUGAUAGUCAUGGUUUUAGUGAAUCGGAGUGCUCAAGGAGCAAUAUAUGAUACAAAAGCUAGACGUUUUGUUCCGCAUAUACUAGUUACAAAGAUUAUAUUACUCUUACCAGAAAUAGGAUUAAACAUACUUGGAACUAUAUGGACUUACACGGAUUGUAUACAAUGUGACCAUGAACAUUUUACAAAUACUGUUGUAGAAAUUGGAGUACUGUUCAAUUGGGUUAUGUUAGGAGGUUUAAUAUUUUUAUUAGCUAUGGUGUUAGAUCCAGUUGGUUCAUUGAAAAUUCAAGAAGGAGCUAAUAGUAAUGUAGAUACAGAUACACUGUUACAUCGUAAAGUUACUCGCAUUUGGGUGAGACGCUUCAGAUGGUUUUUUUGCUGGUUAAUUAGAGAUGAACAUUCACAUGAAGCAUUUUCUCAAGCAGCUGGACUAAUGAGUUCUAUGUUCCGAAAUACCGACAUUGUCCCAUCAGACUUUAUAGCUGGUUUUGUAUUGUUAAGAGUAAAGCAAAAACGUGAGUCUAGAGAACAAAGAAGACUUGCUCUCUUAGCUGAACAAAGAUAUAACUGUACUUCUAUUGUUAGUGAGUGUUUUACUGGAAAACCAAAUUGGAUGUGUUUAAAAAAAGCCAGGCAUUAUCUACAAUUAUCUGUUGCUAUUUAUGGUUGGCCAUUUCUGAUUUACCGUUAUUGUAUAACAGGGUUAUUUAAAAUGAUGCCUAAAUUUCUUUGCUGUGCUUGUUUUAGAGCUAAACCGACUGUGGUCAAAGAAGAUAAUUGCUGUCUAUGUAACUUUGCAGCAAUUCGGUACAUGUCAAAACUACAUUCUAAAGAUAUUUUAUUCGCUUCAUUUGUUAAUCAUAUCUUUGAAUUACCAUUUUUUGUUACUGCUGAUCAUGAAACUAGUAGUAUUGUCAUCGCUAUUAGAGGAUCAUUAUCAAUGCGAGAUAUAUUCACAGAUCUGACUGCUGUUGUAGAAAAAUUAGAUGCCUAUGGAGUUCCACCUGAUAGCUAUGCUCAUAAAGGAAUGUUAUGCAGUGCAAAAUACAUUAAAAGUGAAUUAGAAAAUCAUAAUGUUUUAGAAAAAGCUUUUACCAAUUUUCCAGAAUACAAUCUUGUAAUCACUGGGCAUAGCUUAGGUGCUGGAACAUCAGUACUUUUAGCAUUUUAUAUGAGACCAUUGUAUCCUAAUCUUAAAGUAUAUGCAUUUGCUACACCAGCUGGAUUAUUGAGUCGAGAAGCUGCAAGAAUAGCUGAAGAUUUUACUUUAUCUGUUGGUGUUGGUGAUGAUAUGGUUAUGCAUAUGACAAUUGAUAACGUUGAAGAUUUGCGAACAAAUAUGAUUCAAGUUCUACAAUCGUGUAGAUUACCAAAAUACCGAGUUUUUCUAAAUGGUUUUGGCUAUGCAUUAUUUGGUGUACCGUCUCGGGACCUUGAAUCUACAUGGCGUCAUCGAAACCCUUCAGAAAUGCGCAAUUCUCCACUACUAUCAACACAUUCUCCUGUUUUAUCUAUGAUUACGCAAAAUGAUGGUUUUUCAGCUGAUAUAAUUAGUAAUAAUCAACAACUAGUCCCAACUACAUCGUCAUAUCCUUACGAACAACCAAUCACCAUGUCACCUACUUAUAAUGAAAUAGUCGUCAGGAGAUAUUCAAAAAUUCGUUUGUAUACUCCAGGUCACAUACUACACAUUACAAAAAAAAAGAAAAGUAAAGAACAAAAAAAAGCUGAUAAAAAAUCUGGCACAGACAGUAAUGAAUAUAACUAUGAAAUGCGUUGGGCUACUCCUGAAGACUUUAAAGAACUCCGUGUAAUGCCUCGUAUGCUAUUGGAUCAUUUACCGGAAAAUGUUUUAAAAACUCUUGACAAUGUGCUUAGUGAACAAAGAACAGAAAUUGGCUUUGAUUUAGCUCAAUUAACUAUGAUCUGAGUACUUAAAUAUGAUUAUUUACUUCAUAAAACUAGAACUUUAAUUAGUUCAUGCUCAAAUUCCUCUGUCCAAUGAUAGUAAUUAUUAUUAUAUUAAGUUUACCUAUUAAAUAACGUAAUUAUUUUUAAAUUUGAAGUAUUAUUUUUGAUUUUUGAUAAAUUUUACUAAAAGGGGAUGGAUGCAUAAUAUUCCUUUAUGAAUUGAUGGUCUGAUUUCUGUGUGAAUUGUGGUUGUUUAUUAUUAAUUAUUAAUAGCAUAUCCUUUGAUUUUGAACUCUUUAAUUAUUAAGAUAUUCAUACCGACCAGUCAUAAUCUCUUAAUUUUUGAGAAUAAAGUUAAAAUGCUAGAUUCAUAUGGAAUCU